CGCGCUGACACCCGCGUGCAUCUCCUUCACACUCUGCGCUUCACAGUCGGUAGCAGUAGUAGCAAUGGCUCUCCUCAAGACUACCAAGUUUAUUUUCUCUGUUGGGAGUUUAACGCCGUCUUUGGGUGCCUUACCCAUUCGAGCUAGUUCAUGGUGGACUGAGGUGCAGAUGGGACCACCUGAUCCCAUCCUGGGGGUGACAGAGGCCUACAAACGGGACACAAACCCUCAGAAGAUGAACCUGGGUGUCGGGGCGUACAGGGAUGACAAUGGCAAGCCAUAUGUUCUCAGCUGUGUCCGCAAGGCAGAGGCUUUGAUUACUUCUAAGAUACUGGAUAAAGAGUAUCUCCCCAUUGGGGGUCUGGGAGAAUUUGCUAAGGCUUGUGCUGAACUCUCACUGGGGCCUGACAGUGGGGUUCUCAAAGGCAAGAGGAACAUUACUGUCCAGACAAUCUCAGGCACUGGUUCUCUGAGGAUUGGAGCCAACUUCCUGUCACGGUUCCACUCAGUGGCAAGGGAUGUUUAUUUGCCGAAACCAUCCUGGGGAAAUCACACUCCUAUUUUCCGUGAUGCUGGUAUGCAGCUGAAAGCGUACCGUUACUAUGAUCCUACUACCUGCGGGUUUGACUUUGCUGGAGCACUCAAUGACAUCUCUAAAAUUCCAGAGCAUAGUGUAAUCAUGCUUCAUGCAUGUGCUCAUAACCCCACCGGUGUUGACCCACGACCAGAGCAGUGGAAGGAGCUGUCAGCCGUCAUUAAGAAAAGGAAUCUUCUGGUGUUCUUUGACAUGGCCUACCAGGGCUUUGCCAGUGGAGAUAUUGAUCGAGAUGCCUGGGCUGUGAGAUACUUCAUUGAGCAGGGCCACAACAUCCUCUUGUCUCAGUCCUUUGCCAAGAACAUGGGUCUCUAUGGAGAGCGUGUUGGAGGGUUCACAGUGGUGUGCGCUGAUGUUGAGGAGGCAAAAAGGGUGGAAUCUCAACUGAAGAUCCUUAUUCGCCCCAUUUACUCAAACCCACCCAUGAAUGGAGCACGCAUUGCCUCCACAAUCCUCAACACACCAGAGCUGCGUUCUGAGUGGUUAGAGGAGGUGAAGGGCAUGGCAGGCCGUAUCAUUAAGAUGAGAGAAAUGCUGGUGGCUAAUCUAAAGAUGGAGGGAUCCACACACAACUGGCAGCAUGUAAUUGACCAAAUCGGCAUGUUCUGCUUCACUGGGCUCAAACCUGAGCAGGUGGAGCGUCUGACAAAGGAGUUCUCUGUUUACAUGACUAAAGAUGGCCGUAUCAGUGUUGCUGGUGUAACUUCUGGAAAUGUGGGAUACCUUGCACAUGCCAUUCACCAGGUCACCAAGUAGAUUAAAGUAUGCUGCGACAGGAGAUUGUUCUACGGCUGUUACAUUCUGUCUUGUUUCUGAUAGUCUGCCCCACUAUUCCUCUUUGACAUUGCACUCGGAUCUAAGCUUCACUUCAUUUGGAUGCUUUUGCAAGGUCAACAUGGACAUGAAGUCAUCUUGUGAUUCUAUGACUAAUGAGCACAACAUUAUCAUACUGUUAAAAACUGUAUGAACGUAUUUAUUGUGAGUGAAGUAAAAUGAGAAACAAAGGCAAUUGAUCAUUUAAAGAUGUAUUUAUUUGAUUUUCAUUGUUGGGACAAGAGAAAGUCACAGGGUCUCAUUUAUGAAACACAAGCAAAAUUGUAAAUGGGUCAUAAAACUAAUUUGUUGUAAAAAUUUAAUUUAAAGAAUACUCUGGGUUCAAUACAAGUUAAGCUCAAUCAACAGCAUUUGUGGAAAAAUAUUGAUUGCCACAAUUUAUUUUGAUUUGUCUCUCCUGUUCUUAAAAAUAAAAAUACAAAAUCUGGGUUACAGUGAGGCACUUGAAAUAGAAGUGAAUUGGGGCCAAUUUUUAAAAGUUAAAAAUACUUUUCCAAAAGUAAAGCAACAAGACAUACAGCGUUUCUUAAACCGGGGUCCUUUUCAAAUAGCCAGGGGGUCUGUUGAAAAUACCUGAAUUUUGAACAUUUCAAUGUUGUAAUCCAAUAAGCAAUAAAAAAAACAAAUAAAAAAUUACUCAAUAUAAAGCUAUUGAUUAGUAUAAAAAUAAGACUUAACAGAAGUUUAGAACGUAUUCAAACAAUCUAAAUAUUUAGAUUUAUCUAUAUAAAAAGGUUUAUACAAAAUGUAUGUAUCUAAACUCAGUGGAACUCAUUACUGAGAUAAUUUUCAUACUUAUAGUAAAUAAUAUAUUUGUUGUGAUGGUGGUGGGACGGUGGUCCGUGUUUGGGUUUUUUGGUUCAAAAAAGUUUGAGAAACCCUGACCAAGGAGAUGCGUGUAAACAUGAUUUUAGAGUGAUUAAAAUCACUUGCUUACCUUUUCUGUGUAAAGUUAUUGCCAAUUUUACAAUUUCUUUGCCAUGAUGUAAUGUCAACAAACCCUAAAUCGAUUGUAAAAAUUACCAUUUAAACAACUUUACAGCUGAAAUAAACUACGUUUUAACAGAAGAAUUCAUGUAAGUUCUUUUGUAUCAUUUUAAGCUUCACAUUUCUAUCUUUAAACCCUCCAACAAUUGGCCAUAAUUCACUUCCAUUGUAAAUGCCUCACUGUAACCUCGAUUCUUUAUUUAUUUUUUUAAAUAGGAGGGG